AUGAACAACAACAAUGGCUGGGUUGGCAAUGGCCAGGGCAGGUAUGCUGCUCAAACAGCGGGCUUGACGGAGUUACAGCGGAAGAUGGUGGCGGAAGCAGCGGAGGCAUUUGCUCGCCAGCUAGCUGGCCGCCCGGAUCCUUCACCGCCGGUGGUUCAGCAGCCGGUGGCCCAACAGCCGGCGACUCAACAGUUGUACAAAGAUACUAUGGUACCUUCAGGGACAGCGGUCGUGCGCCAACCUGGUCUCGCUAGAGCUGCGCCGGUGUAUGUACCGGUACAAAAUAAUGCUAUUGGGCAAGGGCAGCAACAACCAGGGGCUAAAAGGGCUGAAGAGGUGUUGUUGGCAGUGGCGGGAUGUGUUAAUGGGACAGAUUUGGAGGGUCUAACAGAGGAGGAAUUUGUUGCAGCUACUAAGAAGAGAGUUAGACCAAGAGUAGAGAAUACUAGAUUGGGAAGAGUGGAAGUAUCUGGUGGUGAGCUAUCUGUUGAUCAGUUGAUCACCCAUUUGCAGUGGAUUGUCCCUGAUCCUCUUUAUCAGUGGGAGGUUGAGCAAAUGGAAGAUAAUGUGUUCAGAGUGAAUUUCCCAAGUAAAGUUGAGUUGGUCAGAGUACAACAUUUUGGGAGAUUUCAUGUCGCCGACUCCAAUAUUGUUCUCUUAUUUGACUUUUGGAAGAAGGAGGUCAAACCUGCUUGGGUACCUGAAGAUGUCUGGGUAAGGGUGUUUGGCUUGCCUCCUGUUGCUCUGGAUGAUUAUUUAGCUCUUUGGGCACUUGGUGAUGUCUUUGGUAAGACUUUGGAUAUUGAUAUCGCUUUUACUAGGCAAAAUAAUGUUCUACGCAUGCUUAUUACAUGUCUUGAUACUGCCCUUAUACCUGACUCAUGGGAUCUCAAAAUCAAACAUGAAUUUUUUCGUUUGAGGUUUGAGGUGGAGGGAGUUCAGCUCUCUAAUAAUCUUGGUGUCACUAUGUCUGAGGCGCCGGGGGAUGGAGGUGAUGAUGACUCACAUUCUAAUCUCCAUGAUAAGUCGGGGGGUAAUGAAAAUGAUUUUAGUGCUAAAAGAGCUAAGAGCACAGGGGAGAAGAAUGGUGAUACAGGAACAUCAAACUCUCAGCCUGAUAUUAAUACAAAAUCAGUUUGCACGCUUGGCUGCAAGGGUGACAAUGUUGAUGCUGGGGACAUCAAGAGCAAAACUGUGCUUGAGUCUAAAAAUACACCAAGUUCUGUGGUGGAGGGUGUCGACAAGUCUGGGCUGCAUACACCUAUAACUAGUCAACAGUACACACAGGCUGGGAUGCUUAAUAAGGCGUAUGCGCCUGUUUCUCCGCGCGUCGGCGAGGUUCUGGCGCAGCGAACGUCGAUCACGCCUGGGGUGCAUGGCGCACGCGCCCCGGAGCAUGCUCAGCUGGGCCAGAAGGGUGUCGCUGCUUCGUCUGCGAAGCAUGCGAUCGUUUCGCCGCGCAGCACAGUGGCGACUGAGCGAGCUAUUGCGGCAGUGCCGCGCGACACAGUGCAUGUGGGCGACGACCUGGCUGCAACGCAGCACGCUGUGCAUGGAUUUGACACAAACAUGCACAUGUAUGGGGCAUCGCCGGGGAAGGAUACGUCCAUCAAGCAAGACAAGGGAAAUGCGGAUACCCCAUCGGCUCCAGUUAUUUUGAUGAAAGAGACACCUAGGACAUACACUAAAGAGCAAAUUGUGGCCUUUGGGGGAAUUCAAGAGGAGGCGAGGAGGGAUGUGCGGUCGAGUGGAAGACUGCGCUCAGCCGAAUGCCGAUAUGACGCAAAUGGAGAGGGCGAUGUUGAUCGCAAAGAGCCACGCGGAUAUGCCAGUGAUAGGUUAUCCGGCGAGCUGCUCACUCAAUUCAACAGUGGGUUUUGCUUCUCCCAUUGGACCAGCGGGAGGCUAUGGUUAUUGGAUGCAACCGGAUGCUAGCGGUUGCGCAGGACUUCUUUUUCCAGGCUACUGGGUGGCGACAUCAUAAUAGAUUAGCAAAUGCAUAGCCGAUCUAUCUGUCGUACUUUUAGCUGGUUGAUUCAUGUAUCGACCUUAGCUUUCCCUUAAAUGUAAUAAGUUUUGUUGGAACUUUUGAGACUUGAUACACCUUUUUAAUAAAACAAGCCGUGUGCAUCUAUUGAUGCAGAGGCUGGGGCUAUGCUCCUUAUCGAA